AUGGAGAACCAGAUGGACGGGAUGGCUGUUUGUGAGCCUAUAUCUACAAAUGAAAGCAUGGCCUCGGUGGGUUCUACGCAGUCUACGGGCAAUAUCAAAACAGCCUACCCUAGAUUCAUGACCAUGAUUGACCCGGCUCUUCAGAUUUUCCCUCAAAGUUCCAGUCUCAUUCGCAGGCCUUCAGCCGAUCGGUCUAAGCAACGCCCGGAAACGCCUACUAGGUCGCUGCCAGUUAGUUCCAGCCGACUUCGCCAAAAAACAUGGGCCUCGGUCGCAUCAAAGGGAGUGGAUGCAAUUCGUUCAUCGGCAAAGUCAACCAAUUAUAGCAAGAGAACUCCUUAUAGAAAUGGCCAGUCUUCGGGAGUGAACUCCUGUGCUGAAAGUUUGGUAGAUAAGGCACUUCCUUCUGAAAAGCCAUUGCCAUGCCCUCCUGAAUCUACCCUCAAUGUUGAUAUGACAUCCGAUCUAACAUCGCGUACCAUCAUCAACACGAAAGAGAAUGUAUUACCCCGCUCACCUCCUGAAGCUCCUCGCGAGGGUGACGACUGGCCGGCCCUUACACCAGGGAAGGCAAAAAAUGAAACGAAUAAUGACAACCGCCAGAACAAUGAGGCCAAAUUGACUCGGAUUGACGAAGAAGGAACAUGCGAGCCAAUUCCUGACGGUGUCCAAAUGUUUGCUAAUGCUUUAUCCAAACUUACAAAGGCCACAGAACCUUGCAAGGCAACCAUCAGUGGACAUAUACAUGCUGAGGAGGAAGGCUCUGGGCCUGAGAAAAAUACAGUGGAAAUCCCUGUUUCCAGUUCAUCAAAAUGGAAUACAUCUUCUCCUGACCAGUCGCCUAUAAAUAUUCCAUUUUCUGCAUCCAAAAAACCACUGCCACUAAAGAUCGUGACUGAUUUCUCAAAGAACUCCGUAUCAUCUGAACGGCCUUUUGCGUUUCACGGCCUAGGAGUAUCACCUAAUUACCAUUCUCGGGUCCCCAAGCCUAAUCCUUUUAGGGACCGUCCCAGAAUCGCGUCUUCCCCCUGCGGUGCAAUCUCUUUGCCGAUUAGGGAUAUUAGGGCUUCUUCCUGUUCAUUUGAAAAUACGCCUUCGUCUGUUAAAACCCCUAGAGCUGUGACCUCGAAGGAACAGCCAACUGGAACGCCCACCAGAUCCAACCCCUUCUACACCGGAUCACCUCGAACGGACAGAAGCAGUUCCAGAAUUCCUCGUAUGUCCCCAAGGGCAUUGUUCCCCAGCUCGGAAAGUGAUUCAGGUAGUGGUAAUGGCUCAAAAGCAUCUCUAUUCUCCCCUUCUAAGCGAAGCUCGAUACCAUUACCAACGCGCCUACUUCAGCAAACCAAAGAGGAUGAUAUUAUUGGGAACUUGCUCAAGGGGGUCACCCCAUCUGCUAUCUUCGAUAGGGUCGAGAACACCAGGGCCGAAAUGGCUACGACAGAACUGGAUUCUCCUAAUAGAAGCAAAGGAGGCGCCAUUUCAGCGCAUCACACAUCGCAUACUGAUCUCCAGGAAGAAACCCAGAGCCUGGAGGAGAGAGCGGACCCAUUUUCUGAUGAAAUUACUGUGAAACAACUUUCAAAAUCCGCGCCAUCCCAUGGCCCGCAGCUGCGUAUUUCACCAGAGGCCGAACGCUUGAUUAUGGGCGAAGAUGAUAUCAAGUUACUCGAGAGAAACACGAGGGAGAGCGGGGGCCCCAGUCGUCAGUCAGGAAGCAAGAGAGAAUUCCGCCUUUCUACCGAUAGCCUCUUUGCAACUUUUUCCUCUAAGCGCUCCAAAAAUUCAUCUUAUAGGCUAUCCUUUAGUGGCAAAUCUUCAAUGGGCGAAAACAGUCCUACACCCGCUGGAGGAGCAACUGGGAAGUCAAUUCCAAAAGCCAAGAGUGCGGAUUUUGGCCUUCAUCGAGUCUCAUCUGGCCAUCGCCCAACAAGACGAAAGUCUUCUUCUGGAAAGGAGCUGUCUUGUCCAGCUUCUGAAAGGGUUGAGGCUGACCCCUUUUUAGACACAGAAGAUAAAGUCUUAGAUUUCAAGCAAGCUUCACCUGCACAGGCAGAUUGUGAAUCUAUCAUGCAGCCUGGACAGCUCAAUGAAGACCCAUGCGACUCUCCGGUUAUUGAAUCUAUCAAAAAGAGUUCGAUUCCCCUUGCUGUGGAGAACACCUCUCCAUCCAAGACACCUGGUCCAGUAGAACGAGCUCGGAGAUCCCACAAUGAGGUUCUUAAGAUAAAUUCUCCAAAAAGCCCCCGGCAUACCAGUAGAAUUAGUGCUUCAUAUGACUCACCUCGAAGAUACCCACAUCGGCAAUCUACCGAUCGAGCCCAUCAUAGACCAAAGCCAAAUAAUGAUAACCAUAAUGGGGUGCAUCAACUCCAGUCACUGGACACUGAGAAUCCAGGGCAGAAAGAGAAACGUCAUAAGAAACGUCACCACCGCUCUGCUGACCCUAUUUCAGUAGCUCCUGAAGCGGCUAAAGCCAAAGGAUCCGCUGCAAAAGGCGUAUUCUCCAACUUCCGCGGGUUAUUCACAAAACACAAGCCCGAUGCGCCAAAGGAAAACACUCGUCAUUUGCUAUCUGAUGUAAAGCCAAUGGCUACUAACCAUGUCAAACUCUCGGUACCAGCAUCUCACUCAGUUCCUCACCUUGGUACGAAUGGAAACGGACAUCAGAAUGCGGACUUCAAUUCUCGACAUCUCGAGCCACCACGCUCCCCUGCAUUACGGGAUACGGGAAGAAUCAGCUCUAUCACGAUGGAGAUUCUUGAUUCAGCACGGAAUGAAGUUGAUACAACACGCAAAGAGAAGCUCAUUAGACUGGGCAAGAUUCUUAUUGAGGCGGUGAACAAUUCCCAUGACGCCGAGAAGGCAAUGCUGACUGCCAUCCAAGCGGCAAAGGAGGCGGAAGUAGCCUGUGCUAUGGCGAAGGAAAAUGCAAUGAAAAUGAGCCAGGUUGCCUGUGACUGGGCACGUCCUUUGGCACCGGCCAAGAACUCCAACGCCUAA